AUGUGGGGAUAUCUCGAUCUCGCGAUUCCGUCUCUUAUCUCACUUGUCUCUUUCGCUGCAUACACAGCAGUUAGUAACGAGCUGUCGUAUCUUAGAUCGGCAGUUCCGUAUACAGGUUCGGAAGAUGCACACCUUUUAAACAAGGAAUACGUGUAUGUGGAAGGGACCGUUGGCCUCAGUGGGCAAGGCGGAAUCCGCGUCGGUGAUAUCGAAGGAGUUUUAUACGAGCAUCGCCUGAUUCGCCACUAUUCAACAUUCUCGGAAGUUUAUGAGGACUGGCGACACCAGACUCAAUCCGUUGGCACCAUAUUUAAGUCCGUCCCAUUCUACAUCCUCCGGAAUAACAAGCGUGUUGCAUUGGUUCCGAAAUUGCAUAGCCUACAACGGGGAGUAGAUUUGACCGUGGCAACAACAGAUUUCACCCCUCCGAAUCUGAACCUUGGACAACAAGCUCUAGAGGUUUUAAGGGGCGAAAAGCACGUAGGGCUGGAAACUGUUGAGAAGAUUCUUCCUGUUGGGGCACCUGUGACGAUCCUCGGACAACUGCGUCAAACAACACCGCCCUCUAUUAUUGUCCCCGAAAAUCCCAGACUCCCCUACAUUAUUACCUGCUCAUCCUUUUCAAGUUAUCUACGAUCCCGUGCCACCUUUCAAAACAUUUGCUGGGCAUUUUCUUGCAUCUCACUCUCCAUCUGCUUUCUUGCGGCAGGGCGACGCAUGUGGCUAUGGUACAUAAGACGGUGGCGUAAACGUGAGUACAAGCGGUUGAGGCAGAUCAGAAAGCAGCGCGAAAGAGACGAGAGGAAGAGGCUGGAAGGUAUUCCUGGAAGCUAUCCGCAGGCCCCAACGGAAAAAGAUCAGAAGUUGCGUUCGAUGUCCCAUCUGUAG